AGAGAAAGAAGAUGGCAUGACUCCGAGAUCUCCUUUUGUCUCCUGAAGGAGAAACACCCAGGGGAUACCUGGAUUUCCCUGGGUUUAAAUUUUUUUCCCCACCCUAAAUUUUUGUGUUGAUUGUUUUUGUUGCAGAUUUUCUACCUUUGGAUUCAUAGGCAUUUCUGUAAAGUUGCAGUCUGAUUUCCUGUAAGAUUUAAGCCACGGUUUACAUCAUGAGUUCUAUAACACAGUCGGAAGUGGAGAAAUUUCUGGAUUCCAACCCAUCCUUUGCCAAACAGUACUAUGACCUUAAAUUUAGACCCGGCAUAAUCUGUGAUCUACUCAGCACCGAAAGGACCAAUGUGGACUUCUCCCACGUUCAUACUUUAAGCAGCGUGGAGGAGAGUGAGAUUGUCUUUGACCUCAUCAGAGUAUUCCAGGAGAACCUCAAUCUUGAAAGAUGUGUUUUCAGUGUGCUCAAGAUGAUGUCUUUCAUAAUUCAGGCAGAGCGCAUGAGUUUGUUCAUGUACCGCAUGAGGAAUGGCACCGCUGAGCUUGCCACCAGACUUUUUAACGUUAAUAUAGAUGCCACCUUGGAUGAGUGUGUGGUGGUUCCAGAUUCUGAGAUUGUGUUUCCCCUGGAUACUGGAGUGUUGGGCUUUGUGGCACAAUCUAAGAAAUUAGUGAAUGUUGCAGAUGUGACAAAGGAUUCUCAUUUCUGCAGCUUUGUAGAUAACCUUACUGAAUAUAAAUCCAAAAGCAUUCUGGCUGCCCCUGUGCUGAACGGAAAGGAUGUUGUCGCUGUGAUAAUGGCCGUCAACAAAAAAGAUGGCACCAGUUUCACCAAUAUUGACGAAGAGAAGUUCCUUAAGUACCUGAGUUUUGCCAAUCUGGUUCUCAAGGUUUAUCACCUUUCCUACCUUCACAACUGUGAGACGAGAAGAGGUCAGAUACUCCUGUGGUCAGCCAAUAAGGUUUUUGAAGAACUUACUGACAUAGAGAGACAGUUUCACAAAGCGCUAUACACAGUCCGCGCCUUCCUUAACUGUGACAGAUACUCUGUGGGACUGCUGGACAUGACUAAAACUAAGGAAUUUUUUGAUGAAUGGCCAAUACUUAUGGGAGAAGUCCCCCCAUAUUCAGGUCCCAAGACUCCUGAUGGGCGGGAAAUAUCAUUCUAUAAAGUGAUUGACUAUAUUUUACAUGGAAAAGAAGAAAUUAAAGUUAUACCGAACCCCCCAGCAGAUCACUGGUCUCUGAUUAGCAAACUACCAAUCUAUGUUGCUGAAAAUGGUCUUAUUUGCAAUAUUAUGAACACAAGUGCUGAUGAAUACUUUGAGUUUCAGAAAGGUCCAGUUGACGACUCUGGUUGGAUCAUGAAAAAUGUCCUUUCUAUGCCGAUUGUCAACAAGAAAGAAGAAAUUGUUGGAGUUGCAACGUUUUACAACAGAAAGGAUGGAAAACCUUUUGAUGAAAUGGAUGAAGUUUUAACAGAAUCCUUAACACAGUUCCUCGGUUGGUCUGUCCUAAAUACUGAUACGUAUGAAAAAAUGAACAAACUUGAGAACAGAAAGGAUAUUUACCAAGACAUGGUCAACUAUCAUGUGAAAUGUUCAAGCGAUGAGCUGCAGAUUAUAUUGAAAACCAAGGAAAAGUAUAACAGGGUGCCAGAGGAGUGUGAGGAAGAAGAAUUAUAUGAAAUCUUGCAAGAAGAGCUUCCAGACCCAACAGAAGCCGAAAUUUACGAAUUCCACUUCAGCGACUUACCAGUCUCUGAGCUUUUCUUGGUCAAAUGUGCAAUACAGAUGUAUUAUGAGCUGGAAGUGGUGGACAAGUUCCAUAUACCACAAGAGGUAUUAGUCCGCUUUUUAUUUUCUGUAAGCAAAGGAUACCGGAAAAUUACCUAUCACAACUGGCGGCAUGGCUUUAAUGUCGGACAGACAAUGUUUACACUUCUCAUGACUGGAAACCUAAAGAGAUAUUAUACAGAUCUGGAGGCCAUGGCUAUGGUAACAGCAGCUUUCUGUCAUGAUAUUGAUCACAGAGGAACUAAUAAUUUGUACCAGCUGAAGUCCGGACAUCCCUUAGCAAAGCUCCAUGGAUCCUCAAUCCUAGAAAGACAUCAUUUGGAAUUUGGCAAAUUUUUACUUAAAGAUGAGUCAUUGAAUAUCUUCCAAAACCUCAACAGGAGGCAGUAUGACCAUGCAAUCCAAAUGAUGGAUAUUGCAAUCAUUGCCACAGAUUUAGCCUUGUAUUUCAAAAAGAGGACGAUGUUUCAGAAGAUAGUUGACCAGUCUCAAACAUUCACGAGUGAAAAAGAUUGGACAGAAUAUAUGAUGUUGGAACAGACCCGAAAAGAAAUAGUCAUGGCAAUGAUGAUGACAGCUUGUGACCUUUCAGCCAUAGCCAAGCCCUGGGAGAUACAAAGCAAGGUUGCAUUGCUGGUUGCUGCCGAGUUCUGGGAGCAAGGUGAUUUGGAAAGGACUGUAUUGCAACAAAACCCAAUUCCAAUGAUGGACAGGAAAAAAGCAGAUGAACUCCCAAAGCUUCAGUGCGGUUUCAUUGACUUUGUGUGCACAUUUGUAUAUAAGGAAUUUUCUAGAUUUCAUCCAGAGAUACAGCCAAUGUAUGAUGGGAUUCUAAAUAAUAAAAAGGAGUGGAAAAAGUUGGCAGAUGAAUAUGAUGCAAAAAUGAAAGUACUGGAAGAGGAGAAGCAAAAACGGGAGGGGAUACAACCACCAAAACAAGUUCCACACCCCACAGUAAAAGAAAAUGGAGGAAACAUCCCUGUUCCUGAAGAUGCGCCACAGUCUAAAAGUUGCUCUAUCUUAUAAGGCUGUAAAUAUUUUUUAUUCUUAUUUUUUUAACUGUUCUUGUUAGGGAACUUAUAAAACAUAAACGAGGAUAGUGAAGUACUGUGUUCCUCUUUCCCUAACUCUUUUAUUAUAUAUUUUUGCAAUGCGUGUACAAAGAAUUAAAAAUAUAUGUCACCCACAUGUCGAAUUCUUUUAUUUUGAAGUAAUUUUAAAAUAUGAUAUAAGAUAAUCGAUAUAGUUUACAGGAGAAGAUAGCUUGAAUACCAAGGCACCAACGGAGCACAGGAAAAUGCAGAUACAUUUUAAUUAAAUGUAUUGUUACCUUAGCUCAUGGGAUGUGUACUGUAUAUUUAUUUCU